AGCGUUGUGCCUCCCAGUGCCCAGCUCAGUGCCCGGCACGCUCAAGUCGAUCCCGGGCCUCGGCCGAGCGACGCCUGGGGGAACCUCGGCUCCACCAUGGUCCAGUCGGCGAGGCGGACGAGGUCUGGGACGUGCUCGGCGGCUCUGUUCUCUUGUGGGGUGGCGUCCGCCGCCGCCUUUGUGGUGCCAGGCGGCGUGAACGUCCCGCGAGGCGUCCCGCAAAGCUUGUCCAGCGAGGCGGUGCCCAUCGUUGGGAGGGUCCCAUGGAGCCCGGUGGCGUCCAAGUCGUGCGCGUCGCUGUCUUUGGCAGCUGCAGCAGCUGUGACCUUGGCCAUGCGACAGAGGAGGUCUUCGUUCGUGCUUGCUUCGGCCAGGAAAGGCACCAGUGCUGUUGCACGGAGAGGUCUUUUCGAUGGGAUGGAGGCGAACUUGGAGCGGAAGUUGCAGGAGCAACUGCAGAGGCGCAGCCAUCAAUCGGCGCAGAUCGAGAAAGGUGCGGAAGACCUGAAGCGACGGAUGGAGGAGCAAUUGGACGUGGAAAGACGGGUCGGAGAAGAGCUCCGGAUGCAGAUCGCCAUGUUGCAGGAGAUUUACACAGAAGUCAACGACAAGUUGGAGAUGUCUCAGAUUGCCCAGCAAAAGAUGCAGGCGAACCGGAACGAGCUGCUCCAGGAGAUGGCCAAGUUGCAGGAUCGAUUGACGCAAGCCGAUGCUGAGAGCAUUCAGAGGCAGGUGGAACUGGAGGGCGACAUCAAGCAGAAGGAGGAUCGAAUUGCUCACCUAGAGAAAGAAAAGCAGUCCCUCAUGGAGAACUUGAGGCAACUGGGCAUUCAAGUGAAGGCUGACCGCGAAGUGGCAGAGGCGAAGGAAGGUGCGCUGCAAACACAACUCGCGCAGAUUGAAGCUCAGUUGGAAGUCACGAACAACGCCACAGAGCAGGCGAAAGGCGAAUUGAAGAGCGCCAAGAGCCAGCUUGAGGGUCUGAACAAGAAGGUGACGGAGUUGGAUUUGGCACUGAAAACCGCCCAGACAAAGGAAAUCCAGCUCAGCGAAGAGCUGCAGAAAGCUGCGGUGGAAGUCAAGCGCCUCCAGAGCGAGCAGAAGGUCUUGGAGGCCAGUAUCUCCGAUGCCUUGACGAAGGAGCGCAACCUGGCCGUGGUGCUCGCGCAGGCGCAGAGCAAGAACGAAGCCCUGGAAGAACGCCUUCCCAAGAUGGAAGAAGAAAACAAGAAGCUGAUGAGACGAGUGAACCUCCUGGAGACGGUGGCCAAGAACGAACAGAUCUUCACCACGAAGCUCACGGAGUCCCAUGCCCAAAAUGAGAAGCUGGCGGCUGAGCUCCAGCAACUCGAGGUCAGUCUGAAGAGCAAGGAGACCGAGACGAGCAAACUCGCCGCCGAUCUCCAGGCGUCACAGGAGAAGACGCGAGCGGCCGCCGUCCAGGCACAGACCUUCGAGGCCCAGGCACAGGAGUCCGCCCGGGCGGCACAGAUGCGCACGUCGACCCUGGAGGCUGAGAUUGCCGAGGCUCGCAAGGUGCGGGCGACCGCCGAACGGGAGGCGGCCGAGGCCAAGCGCCUCGUGGAGGAAGCGAAGCUCGCCGAGCUGAAGGCUGUGGAGGAGGCGCGCUCCGCCACUGCCGAGAAGGCGGCCGGGCUCUUUCAAGAGGCAGCUUCAGCGCAGGAACGUGUGCGUAGCGCAUUGGAAGCCCAGGCAAAGGCUGCCCGGGAGGCUGCUGCUGCACAACGCGCUGCAGAGGAUCUGCAGGCGAAGGCCAACCAAGGUUACAAGCUCCCCUGGCAAACCGCCGCCGACAAAGCGGCCUCCUCUGCGACCAUUUUCUGAUGGGGCGGGCCAGAGAGCGGGUCCGGAGGUAUGGCCAAUGAACACGGAGGGAUUUUCUGGACAUCAUCACAAGCCCUAAGGAUCCAGUCGUACCCUCUGAGGUUCGGUGGCACUGGGGUGGGCCAGAAGGGUCCAAGUACCUGUUGAGGAGGUACUCGGAUCCUUAGGGAAGGGAUGGAGAACUGGGG